UUGUGGGCGGUUGUGAGAGUUUGUUUUGACGACAAGCCCUCUCAAGGCAGCGUGAAAGUUUGCACAGAUUUCAGAAACGCUGCCAAUUACUGGACAUUUAUUUGCAUAAAGGAUUUAAUUAAAUUUAUGGUCAUAUCACUUCACUGUGCUAUCUGGGUGACUUCAUAAUCAGGCCGUGAUGACCAAUAGUCCUGAACUCCACAGAAAAAGCACAUUGCCUUCAAUUCUUAAUGCCUACUUGCCACCUGGGCACAAGAAACUGGUUCAGAAUGAAAACAAAAUUGUUUCAAAGAAGAAACAUCCAGUUAAGCAAAGAAACUUUAACAAAAAAACAUCAGCUGCUGCUGAUGAUGUGGAUGAUGAGGAUGAUGAUGACGAAGAAAUUAAAAUAACGAAGCAAGCCAUCUUAGAUCAGCGCCAUCUAGAGGCAUAUAAGAAUAUGUACCGUCUCAGAGAUGCAAUGCAUUUGCACUACAGGGAUCUGUUACGUGAAAAGGUUCAGAAACAGAGGCAGCAGAUAAGGGAGCGAAGCCUCGAGCUCCAAAAACAGACAGAGAAACCAAGAGGGCAGACGGUUUCUGGACAGAAACUGGCAUAUUCCAAGCUGUCUCAUGAUGACAAGUACCUCCAGUCCAUCCCAAAGUCAAGCUAUUACCUGGUUAUAGACAUGCAGAACCAGAUGGCUCAGUGUGGGUUGCUGAAGACCAGAAGAGACAAUGAAGAGUUUUGGCAUUUGGUACAGCAGUGCCAACACACCUCACAGCUGAAGAAAAAACUGAAGGAAAUCAAAUCCAGGAUGACUAAAUCUGCACCCAACCUGCAUGGCCAACCAGACACAGUUAAUCCAGAUCAGGGAGAAGAACUUCUCGGGGAAAAUAAUGCUCUUUCAGAAGAAGCAGCCUUUGAACGCAGCACCCAUCAUCAGAGCAAACACAAGAAGGAACAAGACGAAAUUGAGCAAAUGUUUCCCAAGUUACAGGUUCCAACAUUUUCAACACUCCAGCCAGGUUUUAAGCAGUACAAGACCCUGGGCUUGCAGAAGAAGCUUUCUGCACCAGUUCAGAAGUUUAGCCAAAGAGAAGCAAAUCUCAGAAAGCUGCACCAAAUGUACAACCUUUCAUUUGCCAAUAUGGCAUCAUCCAGGAGACUGCUGGAUAGAAACGGGCAGUUUACAGACUUUGAAGAGAAGUGCAAUGUCCACAAUCUGAUCCCUUACCUGUUCCCCAAUGAUAAUGAAAUAAUGGGAACACUGAAGGAAAGUCCAGCUGCUGAACCCUCCCUGCCUCCGCUGUGUGGUCCAUUUCAUCCGUACCCUGCAGAAUCCAACAGUCCUACUAUCGAUUGCUUUAAACAAGACAUCAGCAAGGGCACAGCCCUUCUGUAUCAUUCUUCUAUAGCUAGUAAGAUCUUCGUGGAAAAUGAUGUACCCCCUUUCCAGCCUGCUGCCCCUCUAACCAUGGAAGAGGUUUGCCAGAAUAAUCGUGUUUUGAAAGUCAAGCAGGCCAGCAAGUUUUGGAUAAACUACACCAGCAUGGGCUCCUGUGAUGUCAAAGAAAAACGUGCCAAUCCAUUACCAGAUCUAGUAUCUGAAGCCUCAGCCAAUGCAGUCAUGUCCCAGAAUGUUUAGCAAUAGUUUGAUGGUCAAAGCAAAAAAUAAAAAGUUAAGAAAAGCUGACAGGGGCUCCCAGGUACCACUUGCAGAAAUCAGAUUAUCAGUGUUUGCAUAGCCAAGCCUAGCCUAGCCUAAUUCCUUUUAGAACCACAGCAGAGUCUAUCAAUAGGCAAUGUCUUUUUCUCAUUUAUAACCAGAGGCAAAAAAGUUUCAAAUUUGCAAGCAUCUGGAACUGUCCUAGGGUUGAUUACAGCAAUGGUUAAUCCUCAUGGUGUUGAUGUACAAUUCUGGAAGACGCCAUUGUGCCAUAUACUUUAA